CGUCGCCAUGCCCCAGAACGAGUAUAUUGAGAGGUGGCAGAAGCUUCACGGCAAGCGACUCGACCACGAUGAACGGAGUCGCAAGAAGACCGCGCGUGAAGGCCACCAGCGCUCCAAGGAUGCUCAGAACCUUCGCGGCCUGAGGGCCAAGCUGCUCCAGCAGCAGCGCCACAAGGAGAAGAUCCAGAUGCGGAAGCGCAUCAAGGCCCAGGAAGAGAAGAACGUCAAGUCCAGCACGGAAGAACAGUCCAAGAACCCUGUGCCGGCUUACCUGCUCGACCGAUCGAAUGCCACGAACGCCAAGGCGCUGUCGUCUGCUAUCAAGGACCGUCGCAAUGAGAAGGCCGCUAAGUUCGCCGUGCCCGUGCCUAAGGUGCGCGGUAUCUCUGAGGAGGAGAUGUUCAAGGUUGUCCAUACGGGCAAGAAGACCAAGAAGAAGGGGUGGAAGCGUGUUAUCACCAAGCCGACGUUCGUCGGGCCUGACUUUACGAGAAAGCCCGUCAAGUACGAGCGAUUCAUUCGUCCCAUGGGUCUGCGUCAGAAGAAGGCCAAUGUCACCCAUCCCGAACUCGGUGUCACCGUGCAGCUGCCGAUCCUCAGUGUGAAGAAGAACCCGCAGAACCCUCUCUACACGCAAUUAGGAGUGUUGACCAAGGGUACCGUUCUCGAGGUCAACGUCAGUGAAUUGGGUUUGGUCACCACAACAGGCAAGGUCGUCUGGGGUAAAUGGGCACAGAUUACGAAUAACCCCGAGAACGAUGGGUGUGUCAAUGCUGUUCUUCUUGUUUAAUAUAUCAACUUCCAUUGGGACGUGUUAAAAGGAUUUUUGCGUUUUAUUGAUCAGUCUUUAUGUUAUUCCCUUUUUUUUUUUUUUUU